ACAGGGCAUGGACACCCCGCCAGUUCCCUGAGCCCCUCGGGGCCUGCUGGUCCUUGGCUGUUCCCGCCUGACCUCUAUCUUCCACAACAGAGGCGGCUGCAGACAACUGACAGAGACCCUGAGCAGGGGAGCCCAUCUGUCCCCGUGGCCCAUCGCUUCUGUCCGGGUGCACGGGCGGCCCCUUUUCGGGGGCCUUGGGUCAUUCAGCCCCGCUCCUUGAGGGCGGGCCGUGGAAUUGCCCACGUCUGUAACUGCAGCCUUGACUCCGGGCAGCAUGAGAGCGGAGGCUGGGCCCUGGAGCCCCUGACGGCCCCAGGGGUGGGCUGUCUGGGAUUCCGGUGCGCCCCUGAAGCUCCCGGCAGGCCUGCGCGCUCAGCUAGGCCCAUCCAGCCCUCGGACCCACGAGCUGGCCGGUCGGUCACUGCCGAGGUCAAGCUGAACGAAUGCGGAAGUGGGGAGUUCAACAGAAGGGACGCCCCCCCCGGGAGAGCAGACGGGCACCUGCCAGGCUCUGCGGCUGCAUCUGGACGGGCAGGGAUGGAGCUGAGUGGCGGUUAUGAAGCAGCCAGGCCCUCUCUGGGGCUGGGCCCAGCUCCGCCCCUUGGUAGCAGGCGUCUCCCCCAUCUGUCUGGGCUUGAGUUGCUCCGAGGCCCUGGCAGGGCUCGGGGGUGCUCCAAGGAGCUGCAGGCAGGGAGGCCACAGGCAGGCCCUCCGGCCCCCGGCGCGCCGCAGCCCCUGCUGGCCUGGCUGCUGCUGCCCUUGCUGUUCUUCCUGCUCCUCGCGGCCUACUUCUUCAGGUUCAGGAAGCAGAGGAAGGCGGUGGUCAGCUCCAACGACAAGAAGAUGCCUAAUGGAAUCCUGGAAGAGCAAGAGCAGCAAAGGGUCAUGCUUCUCAGCAGGUCCCCCUCGGGGCCCAAGAAGUACUUUCCCAUCCCCGUGGGGCACCUGGAGGAGGAGAUCCGGGUCCGGUCUGCGGAUGACUGCAAGAGGUUUCGAGAGGAGUUCAAUUCACUGCCGUCUGGACACGUACAAGGAACUUUCGAACUGGCCAAUAAAGAAGAAAACAGAGAAAAAAACAGAUAUCCCAACAUCCUUCCCAAUGACCAUUCCAGGGUAAUUUUAAGCCAGGUGGACGGAACCCCGUGUUCAGACUACAUCAAUGCUUCGUACAUAGAUGGUUAUAAAGAGAAGAAUAAAUUCAUAGCAGCCCAAGGCCCUAAACAGGAGACAGUGAAUGACUUCUGGAGAAUGAUCUGGGAACAGAAGUCUGCAACCAUCGUCAUGUUGGCGAACCUGAAAGAAAGAAAAGAGGACAAGUGCUAUCAGUACUGGCCGGACCAGGGCUGCUGGACCUACGGAAGCAUCCGGGUGUGCGUGGAGGACUGCGUGGUCCUGGUGGACUACACCAUCCGGAAGUUCUGCAUUCAGUCCCAGCUCCCCGACGGCUGCAAAGCCCCUCGGCUCGUCUGCCAGCUCCACUUCACCAGCUGGCCCGACUUCGGAGUGCCUUUCACCCCCAUCGGGAUGCUCAAGUUCCUGAAAAAAGUGAGGACGCUCAACCCCACGCACGCCGGGCCCAUAGUGGUCCACUGUAGCGCGGGCGUGGGCCGGACGGGCACCUUCAUAGUGAUCGAUGCCAUGAUGGACAUGAUGCAUGCCGAGCACAAGGUGGAUAUCUUCGAUUUCGUGUCCAGAAUCCGCAAUCAGCGGCCUCAGAUGGUUCAGACGGACAUGCAGUACACGUUCAUCUACCAAGCCUUACUGGAGUACUACCUCUACGGCGACACCGAGCUGGACGUGUCCUCCCUGGAGAAGCACCUGCAGACGCUGCAGGGCACCACCCCCCACUUCGACAAGGUCGGGCUGGAGGAGGAGUUCAGGAAAUUGACAAAUGUCCGGAUCAUGAAGGAGAACAUGAGGACAGGCAACCUACCGGCCAACAUGAAGAAGGCCAGGGUCAUCCAGAUCAUCCCGUAUGACUUCAACCGCGUCAUCCUUUCCAUGAAAAGGGGCCAGGAGUACACGGAUUACAUCAACGCGUCCUUUAUAGACGGCUACCGGCGGAAGGACAGCUUCAUCGCCACCCAGGGGCCCCUGGCGCACACAGUGGAGGACUUCUGGAGGAUGGUCUGGGAGCGGGAGUGCCACACGAUCGUGAUGCUGACCGAGGUCCGGGAGAGAGAGCAGGAUAAAUGCUACCAGUAUUGGCCGGCAGAGGGCUCAGUGACUCAUGGAGAAAUAACGAUCGAAAUAAAGAGCGAUACCCUUUCUGAAGCCAUCAGUAUACGAGACUUCCUGGUCACUUUCAAUCAGACCCUGGCCCGCCAGGAGGAGCAGACCCGGGUCGUGCGACAGUUCCACUUCCACGGCUGGCCGGAGAUCGGGAUCCCCGCCGAGGGCAAAGGCAUGAUCGACCUCAUUGCGGCCGUUCAAAAGCAGCAACAGCAGACGGGUGAUCACCCCAUCACUGUGCACUGCAGUGCUGGAGCUGGGCGCACAGGGACCUUCAUAGCACUAAGCAACAUCCUGGAACGGGUCAAAGCCGAGGGACUUUUAGACGUUUUCCAAGCUGUGAAGAGUUUACGACUUCAGAGACCACAUAUGGUGCAAACCCUGGAACAGUAUGAAUUCUGCUACAAAGUGGUACAAGAUUUUAUCGAUAUAUUUUCUGAUUAUGCUAAUUUCAAAUGAAAAUUCCUGCCUUAAAAUAUUUUUUAAUUUAAUGGUCAGUAUAUUUUGUAAAAAUCAUGUUAAUUUAUUUCAUAGUUGACAUGACUAUCCUCCUAAUUUCUUUGUAUAUAUUUUGUUAUGCUUUAAAGGCCACCUGCUGUAAAGUUAUUAAAUCUUAAAUACCCCUUUUAAAAACUGGAAUAAUGUAUUAAGGUCAAAUAAUAGUCCAUAAAAUAUAUAUUUCUGCUAAUAUCA